AUGAUUAUAUUAGUUUUGCUGCUAAAAGCAACGGCGUUGGCCCAUAUGAAUAUUGCAAAAGUUGAUAGUUUCGAUUAUUUUGAGCUAACUUUAAUUUAUCCAACAUCUGUUUGUCAUGCCUAUGGUGGAGCUACUAAAUUUAUUGUCAAGAAGACGAUUGAUAAUUUUUGCAAAGUUCCUGCCGAUGCUGCCUCAUGGACAAUUCAUGGGUUGUGGCCACAGCGUAAUGACGGAUCAUUCCCGCAAUUUUGUGGUAGCGACACGAAAAAGUUUGUAUUAUCCAAACUUCUUCCAAUCAAACAAAAAUUGGAAAAGUACUGGCCAAAUUUGUUUGUGAUGCGAUCCGUAUCGUCAUUAUGGAAACACGAGUGGGAAAAGCAUGGAACGUGUGCGGAAAUUGUAGAAGAAGUCAGUGAUGAAUUAAAGUAUUUCAGCAAAUCUCUCGCUCUCUAUAAACAGUUUGAUAUCUUCGGUAUAUUAGAAAAGCAAGAAAUCAUUCCAUCACAAGAAAAGUUAUACGACCGGCUACUAUUGCAUCAAAGUUUAAGAUCUGCUUAUGGAAAAAAUGUGGAAUUUCAUUGCUUACAAGAUAAACAGACCAAAAGUUGGUUGUUAGCUGAUGUGCGUUUAUGUUUGACCAAGAAUUUCCAACUUAUGGAUUGUAAGAAGAAACCGUUGAAAUGGAAAAACUUGAAAAGGUCACUCUCAUUAACAUAUCAACCAUGUCCUGCAGAUGAUAUCGUCUAUCUUCCUUUCAAUAAUGCUCAUUCAGUUGUCAGUAAUAGUGCUAUAAUUUUGAUCUUAUUUUCUUUGUUAUAUAGCAUGUGGAACUGCUUCCAUUUUCAGAUCUUAAUAUUCUGA